UCUGCAACGCCAUCUUCUCUUUUGCAGCAUCGUGGUAAAGGACAAAGUCGCCAUGAAUGGUAUGCAAUAAAGUAAGUAACAUAAGAGAUCAUUAACGGCAUUUUACUUAGUCGGCAUGCUACCUUGCUUGCUACUUAAGUAAUUGAAAAUACUGUGAGUGUUAACACGAGGAACAGAAGAGAAUGUUUCAGAGGAAGAGUCAAAAUAUCAAGUACUUCCUGAGUCUUGUGCCAGGGAAACGUCGCUUUGGAGUAUACAGAUUUCUGCCUGUCUUCUUCUGUAUUGGAGGUGUGAUGGAAUGGGUCAUGAUCAACGUGAGGAUAGGAAGGGAGACAUUCUAUGAUGUCUACAGAAGAAAGAAGUCAGAGAGGGAAUACCAGCAGAAGAUCGAGGAUGGAUUGAUUGUACUUACUAAUCCAGUAGCCAAGUGAAUUACUGAACCAGUAGCCACUAUAAUGGAAGUAGAACACUUGAGAUGUGAUCGGGACACAAACACUGGUGUUUGCAAUGCAAUGGACUUGAGGCAAACAUUUCUGGAUGGUUCAAAGGACUGAUAUUUUAUGUAUGGAAAAAAAAGUUUAUGUACUCUGUGAUACGGAGCUUGGAUGAAACAAUGUUUAUUUAUGUACUCUGAUACGGAGCUUGGAUGAAACAUUGUUUAUUUAUGUACUCUGUGAUACGGAGCUUGGAUGAAACAAUGUUUAUUUAUGUACUCUGUGAUACGGAUGAAACAUUUUUCAGAGGCAAAUGUGACAGCGUGGUAUUUGUCUAAUAAAAGUUACAUUACUCAG